UUUAUGAGAUCCCUUCUAUGCAGUUUUGCAGAUGGCCCGUCCCUAUUGUCUCUUGCUUUCAAGACUUCUCUUUCUCUCUCUCUCCCCCUCUCCCUCUCCUUCUCUCUCUGCUUUGCCAUAAAUAAGCUUUCAUACACCAGUUCAAGCCCAAUCCCAGCAGUUGUAUCAAUCUGUCAUGGGUCCAAGGUCUAGAAGAAGAUACCAGCGUGGUUAUGGUGAAACACUGUCUCCAUUAAUGGAGGGACCUUAUCCGGAGGAUCAUGGGGAGAGAGGAAGGAAGGAGAGCUCCUGGGACAUCAUCAGAGGAUGGGUGAGAACACAGAUAGAGAAGGGGUCUCUUGCCAACUCCCUGAGCUCUGUCCACGGCUGCGCGAGGUCGGAUCCGAAGCUCCUCCUUGGUGUUUUAGGCUGUCCCCUGGCUCCCGUCCCCCUUGUGAAUGAGCCACUCCCCCAUAUCUCCAUUAAAGGCACUCCAUUUGAAACUUCUUCUGCGCACUACAUUAUACACCAGUAUGUGGCCGCGACCGGAUGCACGAAGCUGCAGCAGGGUAGCAGCAAGAGCAUGUACGCGGUGGGGACGGUGACGAUGAGCAUCUGCGAGUCGGAAAUGGCCGGGAAAUCUGUGAGGAGCAACGUGAGCAGGGGAGGAGGUGAGUGCGGGUGCUUCGUUUUGUGGCAGAUGUGCCCGGACAUGUGGUCGGUGGAGCUGGCCUUCGCCGGCAGCAAGAUAGUGGCGGGCAGCGACGGCAGGGUGGUCUGGCGCCACACUCCGUGGCUUGGAACCAACGCAGCAAAGGGGCCUCCUCGCCCACUCCGCCGGAUCGUUCAGGGCCUGGAUCCGAGGAGUACGGCCGGCAUGUUCGCAAAAGCACAGUGCCUCGGCGAGAAGAGGGUCGGUGACGACGAGUGCUUUGUGCUCAAAGUGGCGGCAGACAGGGGAAUGCUGGCCGAGAGGAGUGACGGCCCGGCGGAGGUCAUCCGGCACGUCCUCUACGGCUACUUCAGCCAGAGGAGUGGCCUCCUGGUCUACUUGGAAGACUCCCACCUGACCCGGGUCGAUUCCGGCGCCGCCGGUGCCGUCUAUUGGGAGACCAUGAUCGGAACCAAUGUGGAUGACUACAGGGAGGUGGAUGGUGUGCUUGUGGCUCACUCCGGCAGGUCCGUCGCCAAAGUAUUUCGGUUCGGGGACGGGUCCCUGAGGCACAGCAGGAUCAGGUUGGAGGAGAGGUGGAGGGUGGAGGAUGUUGUUUUCAAUGUGCCCGGCCUCUCUGUUGAUACCUUCCUCCCUCCAUCUGACAUCCUGUCAAAUGCCUCGUCCGACGUUUGAUUUGCUGUUGGAUUUUCAAAUUUUGAAUCAUGUAAGAAAUAUGAUGGGUGGCUUUGCUUUGGUAUCAAAUGUGAUGUAAAGGUUAUUAAUUAGUUCUUCUAUAUAUUCUUUAAUUCAACUAAAAA